AUGAAUUACAACUCUCCGCAACCGUUGACAAGGUUGAAAAUUUACCCUUUGAUCCAAAUUCCAUCUAUGUUGUUUUUACUUUCGAUCAAGUUCCGAAAAAAGUCGGAUCUACCGAUAAAAACCUCGAAGGAAAAAAACAGUUACGAAUGGUCCGAAAACAAUAAUGUCAUUUUCAAGGAUGUUCCAGAAUUUAGUAAUGAAAGAUUGAAAAUUGAAGUGAAAGAUAAACAAAGUGACAAGAUUAUAGGAAUGACCACCACAUCACUCGAUACUCUUCCCAAAAAUCUCGAAAUUUCCAGAAAACUCAAACUCUACGAUACCAAAAACGCCGUCUGUAACGUUCGUUUGAAAGCCAUUGGUUUCGGUGUAGACAAACGUUUAUUUGAAGUUCACAAAAAUGUCAUGCCUUUUCUUCGAUCCAUUCACACACCUUCGGAUGCCAUGAGAAAUGUCGUUGUAUUACCAACCACUAUGGAAAAUUUUUUUGGAUUGGAACCUGCAAUUGAAGCUCUGAAACGUGUGCAUGAAAGAUUUCCCAGUGCUUCUUCUCAUCCCUUGUAUCCAGUUUUAUUGAUUUUUCCUGGAAAGUAUUUGGUGAGAGAAACGAUAAAAAUUCCAGCUUCUUUGAAUGGAUUGGUGAUCUUUGGUGUGACGGAUACAAAGGAGAGAGUACAUUUGACUUCAAAUAAGAAGAAUGAUCCUAUUUUUGAUAUUGCCAUUGAUGUGAAUAUGAUUCAUAUGCACGGCUUGACGUUUGAUGCCGAUGGUUUGUGUGCAAAGGUUUCUUCGCCAACGACGAAAUUAGAGGCUUAUUCGUGUGACUUGUCAAAGAUUUGGCCUUCGAAUAGCAGUGCAGAAGUUGUAAAUUAUGAGUUCUUUGGAGAGGAAGAUUUAGAAGAUGACGAAGGUUUUUAUUAA